GUUAGAAUUUUCCGAGUUCAAAGCGUACAGACGUAAAUUCAACACGUAGCGUUUCAAAUUUGUCAUUUGUCAAGAAAUUUGCAAAGAUGACAGAUAACAAAAACGAUAAGGCGAAAGUCGAUCUUGGAUUACUCGAAGAAGACGACGAAUUCGAGGAAUUUCCCGCGGAAGAUUGGACCGCGAAGGAUGAAGACAGCGAGGAUAUUAGCGUUUGGGAGGAUAAUUGGGACGACGAUGACGUUGAGGACGAUUUCAAUCAACAGCUAAGAGCACAACUAGAGAAACAGAAAGCAGGUGAAACAACUAAGGAAAGUUAAUUAUAUAAUAAUAAUAA